AUGGCGACAACACGCUGUGGUCAGCUUCUGUGCCUGACUUUGGGGAUCUUCUGCAGCGGUAUGACCGUGGCAACUGGUGGUGAUAUCAUUGGUGGGAAAGGAGGCGGGUCUGCGGAGUGCGCUGCUGGGAAAACCAAGAACUGGUCCUACGCCUUCCGUCCAGCUACAGCCUUCCCAAUGGUGAUGCACCUGCAGCGGAUCAAUGCCACCUGGCAGCACCUGCAGACAGCUGAACAGCUGUUAGAGCAGAUAAAGAGUAUCGCGGAUCGCCUGCCGAUGACGGAUUGCUCAGACAUUUUCAAGUUGUCGAACGGAAUAGCCAAGAGCGGCGUGUGGGCCGUACGCCCGGCGGGGGCAAACCACACGGUCCCCGCCUACUGUCGCAUGGAGGGCGGUGAGGGUUGGACGGUGCUGAUGCGUCGCCAGGACGGCUCCGUGGACUUCUACCGCACCUGGGACGAGUUCAAGCGCGGCUUUGGGGACCCAACCGCAGAGCACUGGCUCGGCAAUGACGUCAUCCACUUUCUGACCAAUCAGGACAACUACAAGCUGAGGGUGGACUUGGAGACGUGGGAUGGGGAAACGACCUACGCCGAGUACAGCACCUUCUUUGUCGCAGACGAAGCCUCGGCGUACAAGCUGACCGCGGGUCGCUACAGCGGUACCGCCAAAAACUCUCUCUGGCGCAUCAAAGGCAGGCCUUUCGUGACCUGGGACAGGGACACCGAUAGCCAGAUGGCCCGGAAGUAUACGAGUGCGGGGUGGCUAUGCAACCCGUAUGUCGCCAACUUCUUUGGUGUGUAUUACACUCCGCAAACCGCGCCGGCCGAAACCAAGAAUCUCAAAGAUGCUAUGAGUUGGACCACCAGGUUAUCACGCCCUUCUAAAAUCACCUGGUUGAAGUUUGUUGAGCUCAGGAUCGCUCGCAAAGUUCCGUGA